GUGUGUGCGCGCCCCCAAGCGUUCUUCUGUUUCUGCUCGCUGUGUGAGACUAUACAUCACACGUCACAUGAGUGUCAUUUAAAAGCUGAUCCUUCUGACUCCAGUCCCACCCUCAAUGCACGUUAUCAGUUGCUGGCGCAGGGCCUCGCCUCCUUCACUACAGUAUCCGGUGCUGCUAUAUAGUGCAAUGCAGGCGAAAGGUCUGAUUUCUUACAUUGAACCGAGAGGACUGGCUAAGCGGGUGCUGCUACCCCGCCAGCGUCACUGCUCGCGCACGGUGUUAUUGCCCUGCUCCACCCUUUUGCCCUACCCUUCUAUCGCCGUCGUAUUUGGAGUGACGUCACGCACCUUUGUCAUGUAAAAAACGGCGAUUUGAAAAGACUUCAAAUUUGGAAUGCUAUAUAAAAGGUGGUAGGCCCCAUCAUGGUUCCCCGGGUGGGACAUGUUUUAGCAACUUGCAGUGGCAUGGUGAGACUCAUUUGACUGUGGCCUGCCCUGCUGAUCACAUGUGUUAUGGAUAGGUAGUUAGUAUCUUAGACUGCUGCAGUGUACCCACGUGUGGAUUAAAGGCUUGUGUGGAUUACUUGGAUGUCAUUCUCUUCCAUGUAUCUGAGGAUUAUCAUUAUUUCUGCGCUUAUUUCUUUGAGCCGUGCAGCGGCCGACACGACAGGAUGGGAGAUCAUUAAUGGAGACAAGCCCUGGGAUGAUAGGGGGAACACCGAGUCGCUCUUGUCGGAGGAGCACCUCCUGCCCUACAAGCCACAGCAAAAGAGUGACGUCAGAACGGUCAUUGGUCGCCCCAAGCCUCAAGAACACUCCAAAACAAAUGCUCUACCCGUCAAGGAGGCCACCAAGACUGUCAGAGACAUUAAAACACAAGAGAUGAGUCACGGCACUCAGAGGCAUCUGUUGCAGCUUGACCACGAAGGACUGGUCCAGUCUCAGUCAUCGAUACACAUGCGACAAUCAGUGCAAUCCCCGGAUGUAAAAGUCAAAUUAUCAAGAGCCUGUAAAGAAAAUGACGAAGAUGACUGUCUAUACGAUGUUGAAGAUUAUGUGGCCAAGGCUGAAAAUGAGGACGAUGAAGGUAUCAAUGCCCUGGAUGAGAUAAUCGACAACGACGGUGAUGAUGACGAUGGUGAUGACGACGGUGAUGAUGACGUCAAUGCCAACCAUGUGUCGCGUCACAAGCGCCAAGCGACAGAAGGGUCUGGAACAGAUUUGCUGUACAAUCCCGAUGAAGAACACGCACUAAAGGGCACGUACGAGUUCUCCCCAUCCACAGAGUUGUCAGUGACGUACAAUGGGUCAAACACCGAGCUGACCAGCGCAGAAGUGCAGAUGGUGAAGGAAGCGAUAACAGCAUCUUUUAACAGUACCCGGGCUUCCUUAAGGUUGUGAUCAGAGGCACACGCAUUGUUAACGGAAAACUGCUGGUGAACUUCACGCUUGUAUUUGACGGACAGUCGGCAGCCAGCAGCACAAACAAUCAGAGGGUUGAAGAAGCUGUCAUCACCAGUCUCAACAAAACCAGCAUUCCAAACUUUUACAAAAUGACGAUU